AAAGUAGCUCACUAAAACAACUGUAGUGAACAGGAUUUUAAAAAAACGGUUUAAAAAAUUCACGUUUAUGUGGAACGUUUGUCCGCAUAUUUAUGUUUCCUGUCGGACUGUUUAAAAGACGUACGAAGUUCCGAUUCACCAUUUUUCAGUCGCCUAUACGGUGUUGAUUUCCCAUUUUUGUGUUUACUUCAUUUUCUUCAAUUGGCGUUUGUCGCCCGAAGCCGAACGAUUGACAAUAUCAUUGACACACGAAGCUAAGGAGCCAUGCUCCUGGUGGACCACGGGGUGUUCAUUGGCACUGCUGCCGAUCUAAACGACAGGCAUGAGUUGGUCAACCAUUCUGUCACUCACAUCCUGUCCGUGGACUCUGUUGACCCUGCUCUCCUCCUGCCUGCUGAUGAUGUCUUCUGCAGGAAGUGGGUCUGCGUUUUGGAUGAAGCCACCUCUGACCUCCUGAGUCACAUGGAUGACUGUUACACUUUCAUCCAGCAGGCGGUGGAGGGAGGUGGGGCUGUGCUUGUUCACUGUCAGGCUGGUCGAAGUCGAAGUGCCACCAUAGUUACUGCCUAUUUAAUGAAGAGACAUGGACUGAGCUUUAGUAAGGCUUAUGAAAAACUGAAGACCAUCAAACAGGAUGUUCAGGUGAACAGUGGUUUUGAGGAACAGCUUUGUAUGUAUGAGGCCAUAGGCUGUGAGGUGGACUUCAGUUGUCCUCUGUACAAACAGUACAGACUGAACAAGGUUGCAGAGAAAUAUCCCGAGCUGGAGCAGGUUCCCAGGGAGCUGUUUGCUGUUGACCCAGCUCACUCCUCCUCCUCUGAAGUUUCCUAUCGCUGCAGGAAAUGCAGCCGAACACUGUUUCGUCAGUCCAGCAUUCUCAGCCACUCGUUAGGAGACGGAGCCUCAGCCUUUGCUUACAAAAAGUCCAGCAACCUCAGUGGAGACGUCCAGUGUACGUCCUACUUCAUUGAACCGGUUCAGUGGAUGGAACCAGCAUUACUUGGAAAGAUGGAUGGGCAGCUGCUGUGUCCUAAGUGUGGCUUUAAACUGGGCUCUUUCCGCUGGUUUGGUGACCAGUGUUCGUGCGGUCGCUGGGUGACUCCUUCUUUCCAACUCCACCACAACAGAGUGGACGAGAUCCAAAGACUGAACAUAAAGAGAUGAUGUCCAACACCCAAUCACCGAACCACACGUUGAAGAUGCGAGGACCGUCCGCUGUCACCUCACUUCUGAGGUUUAUAGUGAGUUCAACUGCAGCCGUGAACAGAUGAUGUGUCACAGCUUUGUUUACACAAAGGAGGAAAAGAUGAUGUUUUUUUUUUUUUUCAUGUUUUCAUCAUGACAUUUUCUUCUAUUGUCGAGAUCGUUUGUAUCUGAUCCUGUGACAGAUUUUCAUCAUUCACUAAAUAAUACAGUAAGUUGUUUAAUCUAUGUGUGUUUGUGGUACAGCUAUACUUUACAUUUCCUUUGUUAAAUCACUUUUGUUGUGGGAACACUCUGUGCUUGUGGGGACAUUUUACAGCUCCUCAGUGGGACACAGUGUAUUUGCAGGUUCAAGAUUAGGAUUAGGAUUAAUAUCAGAUUUGUAUUCAAGUUAGGGUAAGGAUUAAGAUUUGGUACAUUUUGCUAUAAUUAACCAAACAGUGAUCAUUUACAGGAGUUAAACGCUAAUCUUUCCCAGAGCAAUGACGUGUAAGAACAUAAAUGCAUCGCUAGAGGGAAACAAAUCCCCAUUGCACUCUCUGUACAGUGAGACAACAAUUAUAAACCUUAACGGUCCUGGCUGCUGAGACAGUAGAGAAAUGUUCUUGUGCUAGGCUUUUGUUUCUCACACAGCUCCAGUUUCCCCCUCAUCCAGAAAAAUAUUAAGUGGUAGAAAGAAAAUGAAGGGUGAAUUGAAUCAUAUUAAAAUUAUUAAAGUCUAGAAUAAAUAGUAUUUUUAGCUGCCAAUUCCAAAAUAUUGUUGCUUCAUUUCUCCCAAAGCCCUCAGAAGGAAAAUAAAAUAGAUAAUGGGUUUGUAUUUACUUUACUAAGUGUGUAUUUAAACUUAAAAGCAUGUUUUCAUCAGAGUUCACAUACAGCAUCUUUAGGACUGGUGCGUUCAGUCUGAGGAGUGUGGCUCCUCCAACAGUUAACAUCUGUAACUGAGCAGCUUCAUCCAACAUGACGCCUGGAAAACUGGAGCAUGAACUGGAAAGUUAGUGGGGAGAGAAGGGAGGAAUGGGGCAGGGAGCAGCUACUGGAAUACAGGGAAUUAUGUAAAAGAUGUGGAAAAGUGGAUUCAAUACACAGAAUGUGAAAAUAUAUGAUCGACAUGGAUGGAGGAGUGUGUCUGUGCCAGGGGAGCCAGGGAAAACACCUGAAUAUGAGAAGCAGAAGUAUAAAGUUGUGAGUUACUGCAGUACUGGUUGUAAGGGCAGUGAUGAGGUUUUCAGCUGCUGAGGGCAAUAAACGAAAAAAU